AUGUUCACAGAUCACAAGCAAAUUCUGGGAUUCUACCAGUAUGCAGGCAUCUUAAAUGAAAAUCAAAUACAAAAGGCAAAUGAUGAUUACGAGAGUUAUGAAAGCGGAAAACCUGCUAAAGAUCGGUCUGCAACUGAUGUUUCAUCAAUCUCAGAUUCCAUUCAACCUGAUAUUCCCAAUAAAGAGGAAAAAGACCCUUCUUCAGAAGCAACCAAAGCUCCUAAGGCUGAAACUAAAGUCGAGUACAAGAGGACGCUCUCUGGUGGCCUUCAGAGCCCUAAAGCAAAUGUGCCACCGAGAGCAAUAUUGCAAAGGAUUAAUUCCAAGAAGGCCGCCAGUUCAUAUCAAUUAGGUCAACAACUCUCCCUCAAAUGGUCAUCAGGUGCUGGCCCAAGAAUUGGUUGUAUUGCUGACUACCCUGUUGAAUUGAGAUUACAGGCAUUGGAACUUACUAACCUCUCGCCACGAGCUUGUCCUGAAUCAUCGACCCCAAGAAGGAUUGCUGCUGUUGCUUCGCCUACAGCUGCACAGCAUGUAGGCAGAACUUAG